AGGGGCCUAAUUGCUAAAAAAACGGACGGUCACGAAGGUACCUGGAGCCAGACACCCCGGAUCCGACGCUCCGCUAACGAAAAGCGAAGGGAGCGAGCAACGCGCGGCGGCGGCGGCGGCGGCGGCAGCGAGAGCAGACGAAAGGAAGGAUGCAGGCGCUGGCAAGGGCGUCGUGGGGUAUCGCGGCGGCGGUGCGGCCGUCGGCGAUGGAGGCGGGGCACGCCGGGCAGCUGCAGCAGGUCCGGGGCAUCGUGGUGCAGGUGAGGGACGGGAACCUGGACCGGGCGCUGUCGAUCAUGGAGCGCAAGAUGCGGUCCAGCGGCAUGGAGCGCCUCAUCCGGGCGCGCACCCACCACCACGUCAAGGACUCGGAGAAGCGCGUGCUAGCCCGCAAGGCGCUCAUGCAGCGCGUCGGCUCCCAGGAACUCGGCAAGAAGCUCCGCGAGAUCCUCAUCAAGAAGAUCAGGGGCCAGUGAGGGCAUAUCUAGCAAUCAGCAGUCGGCAGUUUACUAGUAGUAUUACCGUACGGGUGCUCCAUGUUGAACAUGUAAUCGGUGGCCAAUGAUGGAUAUGUUUGGAGUGGCUUGAUAAUCCCCCCUCAUCGGCAAUCUUGAGAGAGAAAGCUUUUGUUGUAUUGCAUCAGGGACAAAUUGAUGAUUUUGAAAAAAAUUGACGAAUUGAUGUUUUCGUUCAAAAUGACAAAUUGAUGCUGCUGUUGAUGAAUUUUUUUACAUA